AUUUCUCACAGCAGCAGACACACACACACACACACACACACACACACACACACACACACACACACACACACACACAGACAGACAGGUUGACAGGAGAGCAGGACAGACGGCUGAUGAGUCGGGAUAUUAAACUGUUGAGCGUGAUGACAGAACAGAGUGUGAACCAGCAGGAAGAAACCCGGAGGCGUAACAGAGGAUCUGCAAAACACAAGGACAGAGACUAUCACUCAGACGUAGAAAACGUGGAGGAGCGGCUCAGAUAUGACAGGAUGGUCGGUGAGCCUCAGCAGACCAUCGAUGCGGAGCAGCAGGAGCUAACCAGCAGGAGGAAACCAGCGUUAGUCAGGUCAAAGACCUUCGAUCACUCCCUGCUGACUCAGGUUCUGACAGAUGCCGACCCCAAGAUAGAGAGGAAGAAGUCUCAAUACAGCCAGCUGUCGAAGAGCAACGGUCAGUACCAUAAAAUAUUUAAGGAGAUCAGCAAAGAGGAGCAGCUGCGACAAAGUUACACCUGUGCUCUGCAGAAAGACAUCCUCUACCAGGGCCGCAUGUUUGUCUCUGACCACUGGAUCUGCUUCCACUCCAAAGUGUUCGGAAAGGACACAAAGAUCGCCAUCCCAGUGAUGUCCGUCACUCACAUCAAAAAGACCAAAACUGCCAUCCUGGUGCCAAACGCUCUGGUGAUCGCAACCGCAAACGACAGGUACAUGUUUGUGUCCUUCCUGUCCAGAGACAACACCUACAAGAUCCUGAUUUCCGUCUGUCUUCAUCUGGAGGAGAAGAGUCCGUGCAGUAGCCCCUUCCCCUCCUCUGCUGAGAGCAGCUUCAGAGGUCAAAGGUCACCUCUGUCACCUCGCUUUCCUCUGAAUUUUACGGGUGAUUUCACUGAUCUGGACGGAGCAGUGAGACAGAGGAGGCAGGAGAUGGAGGAGAGCAGCAGCUCCGACUCCCAGACACCAGACUACGACAAGAUAGCAGAGUUCCCCGUCCCUCCGUUUUUGGACGUUUUGAAGCAAACAGACGGUUCAGCUCCUCCUGAACAUCCGAGCCACCAACACAAAGUGAAGAAUCAGAAUCAGAACCAACAUCAGAACCAGCAGAACCCAGACAGCAAGCAGCACGACACACACCCCACCGGCUCAGAUGUUGUGAUCAACACAAGAACACUGAAACCCAUUUCACUCAACACUGUGCUGUUUGUCUACCUGUUUCUAGUGUGCGUCCUGGUCCUGUCCUCCUGUUACCUCGCCUUGAAGAUCGUCUCGUUGGAGCAGAGACUGUCGACGCUCGGCUCCGUCACAGAGUUCGCCCACCAGGAAAAUGAUUUUCUGCCGGGGAGUGACGUGAACUCGGAACUCUUCUCUGAACUUCUCACCAUCAACCUGCUGAAGCUGGAGAAGGUGCAGAAGAACCUGCAGAGACUGCUGGACGAGGCAAUCUGAAUGUACUGAAAACCUGAAAAUACCGUGUGAAGCUCUGUAAAUAUUCUGUAAAUAUGUAUGUAGUUAAUUAUAGUAAAUGUUACACCCUGACAGUAAUGAGAUUUAUUAAAGUCACAUCAAGGGCUCAAAAAGGAGAAUUCACAAAAAAUCUUAGCACAUCAUCUGGUUAAGUUUAGUCAAUUAUGUUACAUUUCGGGCCUACUGUACGUCACAAUGACGAUUAGCUGGAGGCAAAACAAACUGGCUCAUAACAUAGCUAACAUGACAAGUGUGGCUAAUUAUGAGAGUUGUUAAACAUGUUGCUGCAGGUUCACUACAUACUCACAAUGUCCCAAACCUUGUACGUGACUAUCUUCUGUCCUCGCUGCUGCCUGGGCAGAACUUUGGAUCAAGGAAGUCAUGAGUUCAAUGGCAAAAUAUAAAGUGCUGUACAUUUCCCAUUACAACAUAUUUAAAGGUAUCUAGGGAUUUAUACACCCUGAGUUUGUCUUUACUUUACACCCUUGGUUUUUCUAUCAGAAAAGUGUAACUGUCUGGCGGCCUUUCCACUGAGCGAGAGCGUACAGGUCGACGGUCUCUUCCCGUUCAUCGUUGUUAACUUAUUCCAGUAAUACCCUCGAUCCCAUUUGAAUUGUUCAAAGAGGCUCUGAGCAUCUCUCUCCAAUGUUUUGAAUUUGGACCGCAGAACCAUUUUAAACACUAGGUGUCAGAGUUUCAUAUUGCGCCUUUAAACCCAGUAUGGUUAAAAAUAUGUAAAUCCAUCUUAACUUGUCAAAGGAAAAGUUCAGUUAAUUUUUUACAUUUAUACCGUGGCUCACCUUUAACAGUGGCACUACCAUAGUGGUUUCUAAAUCUUCCACAUGGAGAUUGUGGUCCCAGAACUUUUCCUCUUGUUGAAUGAACUUUUGAUGCAUCAGCUGUGAAACACUUUGGAGUUAACUCUUUUCAAACAGCCGACUGUUACAGAGAUGUGAAUGACUAAAAUAAAUAAAAGGUUUAUUUUGAAAUAAAAGGUUUUUUGCUGUCA